AUCCUUCACAGUUAUUUCGCUGUCAUUAAAUUUCAGUUCCCUGUUUCCUCUUACCAAUAAAGGUCAAACUUCACUGGAUUCGGCCAUUAACAAGAAGAAACUUCUGCCAGCCUAACCUGAUCUUUUUCAAAAAAGGUGUGCGCGCGUGUGAAGAUGUCGGACCCUGAUACCCAGCGCCUGAUGAGGGCUCCCUCCCAGCAGACCAACGUGGACGUCGAGACUCCGAGCGCCCGCUCGGGACGAGCGUACAAGGUGGCCGGCAUCACCCUGCUGGCCUGUGUGCUGAUCGUGGGUCAGGCUGCCAUCGCCUACUUCCUCAUCAGCCAGAGGGGAGACAUCAAAUCUCUGCAGGAAAAGAAUGACGAGAUCAGGGUGCAGAUGGGCAGGCCCAGAUCCGCUGCUGUUCCUGUGCGCAUGCAGAUGCCCAUCAACUCCCUGAUGACAGAUUUGAUGGAUGAGGAGUCUUCCUCGGACGGUACCAAGAAAGAACCUGUCCCCCUGACCACCUGCCAGCAGGAGCGUGCAGGUCAGAAGACCCUGCCGGUGCCGGGUUUCUACCCCAAGUGUGACCAGAAUGGUCUGUACAAGGUCGAGCAGUGUUUGAACGAAGAAUGCUGGUGUGUGAAGCCUCUGACUGGGGAGCAGAUCCCCGGAACGGUGACAAGGGGACCGGCCAGCUGCGGCUUCACUGGUGUUCGUGCUGCGCUGCCUGUGCUUAAGGCUGCAGAAUAAAUGUGGUCACUGAAGCUGCCACAUAUCUGAUCAACUCAGAAUUAAAAGUUGCAACUUGCAUAACCAAACAUAUUGCUGAUCAAUUAUUAAACUGCUUGCUAUCAUCUAUUUACUGCAACUAUAUAUCCUGUCUUUUGACCAAUUACUAUAUUCAGUGGCUUUUAAAAGUCAAAGAUUUGAAGAUAUGCUAACAGUUGCUCAGUAAGCUUACUUUCUAUGUUCAAGUUUGUCAAAAGGAGAGAAAAUGAAAAGAAUAAAGUGCAUGUAGCAAAUAGAAGCAAACUAAAAAAUGAUUUUUUUUUGGGGUGUUUCUUUUAGAUUUGAGUAGUGACAGAUAUUCGGACACAAUCUGGAUGUUUUAGGCAAGUUUUCCCAUUUUAUUUGAAAUAAACUGAGUGGUGACAGAG